UUUCAAAAGUAAUUUCACAUUUGAAGAGACAAUUCUGUUUUUGCCAGGACUGUUGACUUCGUCCCCCAAUCCAAGAAAGUGAACAUUUUCUUUCCUCUAUGGAAAUCCAAAGAGUGAUGUUGAAGACAUGAAGAUAAGUCUGGUCCCUGUUAACUCCCUCAGGGCUCAAAGUCAGCUAGCUAUUGAUAGCCUCAGACCCCAUGUUAGUAAUCAUCCCCAACAGAAGUGCUUUGCACAAUAAUUGCUUCAGGCUGAGCAAUCAAGUUGAAAAAACAUUUCCACUGCUCAAAGAGAUACGUGCCAACUAUAUUAUUCAGCUCUCCCAAUGGGAUUUUCCCUUAGAUCUGCUACUCGGGUAUCUGCUAUGCGUGUGGAUUCAAAAGUGGACGAUUAUUUAAUGCAAGGGACUGAGAAAAGCAAGUUGGAACCAGUGACUCAGUUAUUUCAAAACAUCAAGAAAAUAAGAUUAGAAAACACAAGCCAAGAAAACUUUACAAGAAGUAAAGAGAUUGGCACAGGAUCUCUUUCAGAGAAAACCUUGGGUUCUGUAGUAUAUGUUAAAGAAAAUGAUGGAAUAGAAAUGACAGAUGUGGAAUGAAGUUAUUUGUACAUUCUGCCAAAGAAAUUGCUUUUGACUAAGAGAGCAUGUUGAAUGAGAACUUAACCUUAUUAGGAAAACCUAACAAAAUGAAGGAUGAUGAUUGCUUAUUUUUCACUAUUUAUGAAUCACCUUAGACUGCACUUUUUUGAUACAUAUUCAAAACAGUUGUUUUAGGGGAAAAAAACUUUUCAAAAUUCAAAGCAAAAUUCUCUGGUAUUCUAUCCUUGUCAAAAAUCAGAAUUUUUGAUUAACAGUAUUUAAAUGGUACUAAGACAUUUUAAUUAUAAUGUUUCUCUAACAAGUGAUCAAAAAACAGUGCCUGAACAAUUUGACAUCUGUAUUUCAUACUAUUUCUAGUGUACCAAUUUUUUAAUAUUUCAAGUUUGGGAUUUUGCUUUAGGGUACUUUAUCUUACUGCAGUUUUGCAUUUCUGUUCUGUAAAAGAUCACUUCACAUAAACCCUGCAAAAGACCAGUAAAUUACAUAUCUUGAGAAGCAUUUCACAUUUUAAAUCAUCCUUUUAAAACUAUUUUUCCCCACAUUGAAUUCAUUUCAGAGUUACAAAAUAGUUAUUUCCAAGUCUAAUGGUUUAUCUUAUAGAUACUACCAUUUUAUACCACCAAUAUUUAAUGUAAGAAAAAUAGUCUUGUGUUAAAAAAUUCUUGUUUUUGGAUGGAACUGGAGAGUGUGAUGCUAAGUGAAAUAAGCCAUACAGAGAAAGACAGAUA